AUGGUUAUAGGUUUAAAUUUAUCUUCAUUGAAAGAUAAAAUAGCAACUAAGCUAAGUCUGAAUAAUAAGGAAAGUAAAAAUAAGAAACAAGAUAAGAAAACAAGGAAACCAGAGGCCAAAGUUAAUGAAACAAAAGAAGAGUCAAAAGAUGAUAUAUUGCGUCGUGAGGCAUUAGAAUUAGGUGCAACUGAAGAAGAUUUGAAAGUAUUACAAGAUAUAGAAAGUGAUGAAAAUAGUGAGCAAGAAUUCAGUGAUGUGGAGGAUACAAAAUUGGAUAAAAAUUUUGGUAAUGAUUUAAGUAAAUUUAUAAAAGAUAUUGGUUUGAAGAAUGUAGGGCCAGAAAUUGUUGAAGAACAAAAUGAAAGUGAAGAGGAAAUGAUAGAGGAAGGAUUGGAAGAAGAAGAAUUGGAAGAAGAAGAAUCAGACGAAGAGUUAGAAAAUAAUCAAACUGAAAGUUCAGAGGAAUCAGAAGAGGAAGUUAUUGUUCAAGAAACUAAAAUUAGUAAAAAGAAAGAACCCAAACGAUCAGAAGAAGUUGCUACAGUUGUUAGUGAUAAACUAAUAGUUCCAAAUCGUACUGAUUGGUAUAAUAUAGCAGAAAUUCCAAAAGAAACACCAAUAAAAUUGGAUAGAUUUGCCAGAGAAAGAUUACUUGAUAGAGCCAAAUCUACAAUUGAUAAAGAAAACAAAGUAUACUUCGAAGAAUUUGCAUCCAAUUCAUCUCAGAAAAAGUUUUUAACUCAAAUAUUAUCUGAUGGUACAUUAAAUGAUAAAAUUUCAGCAUUAACCUUAUUAAUACAGGAAGCUCCGUUACAUAACUUAAAAGCUUUUGAUACUUUACUAUCGUAUUGUGAUAAAAAAUCAAGAACUGCUGCAUUACAAUCAAUAAAUGCAUUAAAAGAUUUAUUUAUAAAUGGUUUAUUACCAGAUAGGAAAUUAGUAUAUUUCGACAAACAACCAUUGGAAAAAGAUGCAAGUGAUCAAUCAUUGGCAAUUUAUUACUUCGAAGAUUAUUUAAAGAAAUCAUACUUCAAAUUUAUUCAAGUUUUAGAAAAAUUAUCUCAAGAUCCAAUUUUACAUGUUAGAAUGAAUGUUGUAACUCAUAUAUUUGAUUUAUUAAGUGCUAAACCAGAACAAGAAGCAAAUUUAUUAAAAUUGGGUGUUAAUAAAUUAGGUGAUUUGGAUAAUAAAGUAUCUGCGAAAACUUCAUUUCAAAUUUUACAAUUGGAACAAAAACACCCAGCUAUGAAAAAGAUUAUAUGUGAUGCAGUUAUUGAUAUUAUAUUUCAUCAAAAUAAUUCAGAUGACCAUUCACAAUAUUAUGGUAUAACAACUUUAAAUCAAACAAUUUUAAUUAGAAAUGAAGAAGAAUUGGCAAAUUCUUUAGUUAAAACAUACUUUGCAUUAUUUGAAAAAAUACUAGUUGAAACAAAACUUCCCGACAAAGAAUUUGACAAAACUAUAGGUGAAUCACAAAAGGGUAGAAAGAAUAAUCGUAAAAAUUUCAAAAAGGGUAAAAAAGGUGGUAAAUCAGUAAAACCAAAUGAAAAAACUCAUGAAGAAUUAGUUGAAGAGAAAAACGCAAGAUUAUUUUCAGCUUUAUUAACUGGUUUAAAUAGAGCAUUCCCAUUUUCAAACUUACCUAAUGAAAUUUUUCAAAAUCAUUUAAAUACAUUAUUUAAAAUCACUCACUCAGGUAAUUUUAAUACUUCAAUUCAAGCAUUAGUGUUAAUAAAUCAUAUAAUAACUCAACAAAAAUUGGAUUCAGAUAGAUAUUAUAGGACCUUAUAUGAAUCAUUUCUAGAUUCAAGACUAGCAAAUUCAUCGAAGCAAGGUAUUUAUUUAAAUUUAUUAUUUAAAUCUUUGAAAAAUGAUAAUGAUAAAACUAGAGUAUUAGCAUUUGUUAAAAGAAUAUUACAAAUUUGUUUACAUUGGUCGAAUAUUGGUGCAGUUGCUGGUAUGUUAUUUUUAUUAUCUGAAUUAUCUAAAACUACACCUGAAAUUAAUGAUUUAAUGAUUGAUAUAAAUUCUAGACCAGAUAAAGAAGAAACGGAAACAGAAACAGGAAUAAAACAAGACAAGGAAUAUGAUCCCAGAAAACGUGAUCCGAAAUAUGCAAAUGCUGAUAAAUCAUCAUUAUGGGAAAUUAAUCAAUUUUUAAAUCAUUAUCAUCCUACAAUUUCCAUAUAUGCAACUUCAUUUUUAGAUGGAACUCCACAACAAAAACCAGAUUUAGGUUUAUAUACCCUUUCACACUUUUUAGAUAGAUUUGUUUAUAAAAAUGCAAAACAAAAAGCAAUGACAAAAGGUUCAUCAAUUAUGCAACCUUUAGGAGGUGUACAUACUGGUUCUUUAUUAGUUAGAGCUACAAAUGUUUUGGAUCAAAAUAUCCCUGCAAAUGCUGAAAAUUGGUUAAAUAAAAAAAUUGAAGAUAUAAAACCAGAUGAAAAAUUCUUUCAUCAAUAUUUUACAACAAAAGUUAAUAAAUUAAAGAAUAAAAAAGAACCAACUGAGAAUAAUAUAGAUGAAGAUGGUGAAAUAGAUGAUGAUGCAGUUUGGGAAGCUUUAGUUAAAUCAAAACCAGAUGUUGAAGCAUCUGAUGAAGAGGAUUUCUCAGAUUUCGAUGAAGAAGAUUUCUCAGACUUAGAUGAAGAGGAAGAAAUUGAGGAUGAAGAAGAUCAAGAAGUAGAAGAAGAAGAAGUAGAAGAACAAAAAAUAGACAAUGAAGAUGAGGACAAUGACGAAGACGAAGAAAAUGAAAUAUUUGGUACUAAAGAAGAUGAUGAAUUAAGUGAUUCAGAAGUAGAAUUGAAAAUGUUGGAAGACGAUGAAGAAUUUGAAGAUGAAGAAUUUGAAGAUGAAGAUGAAGAUGAAGAAAUAGUACAGAAGGAUUCUAAAAAACGUCCAAAUGAAGAUGAAGGUAAAAAGAAGAAUAAAAAGAGAAGACUUAAAGAUUUACCUACUUUUGCAUCAGUUGAAGACUAUGCUCAAUAUUUAGAUUCUGAUGAUGAAUAA